CAAGGCUUGGAAGCUGAGUUCAGGUACUCGCACUGUGAGGGGAUAGAGAGAAGAUGGCUUGGUUGAGGGGAGUUCUGUUUGGGCUUCAGUUUCUGGUGCUUUUUCUGGGCUCUGUUCCUUCUCCUGCCGAGUGUGCUUACGGGGGAAAAUUACCACCACCCUCGCCGUCACCAUCCCCACCACCAAACACCCUAAAGCCGACGCACAACGUCUCAGUUGAAGGUGACGUCUACUGUAGGUGCAAGCUCCCGGGUUAUGUUACGCCCAAGGAUGCUUCGCCUCUUCCCGGUGUACUAGUUAGCUUCAAACAUGGCAGGCGAUCUUGGAGCGGGAAGACAGAUGCCAGAGGACACUUCUUGGUCAAUGCUAAAUUUCCUUCGGAAGAAAAGGACGUGAAAACAUCUGUGGCCAAGUACGGCAAGGUGUACGUGGUGUCGACCCCAUUGCCGGCGUGCACCGUGCCGGAAUUUCUUGGACACAAAGGGAAGGGAGCUUCUGUAUUCUAUGAAAGGGACAUAGUGGCUGGGUACGACCAUGUGGCACUCUUCUCUGCAGGCGUCUUGGACCUCGGCCCGGCCAACUCUAAGAUGUGUCACACUUGAGGGGCCGUUUGCCGGAGCUUCUGGGACAAAUGGAAUGCAUGGUGCAAGAGUGUUUAGCAUAUAUAUAUAUUGCUUUAAUUCCUGUUGAUGUAUGUCGUGGUUGUGGUAGCAAGUGUUUUGGUUGGGACAAUAAAGGGCGCCUUAACUGGCUCUUGUAGGAGCCAAAGCUUGGAGGUCAUAACUUUCUGUUUAGUUUUUGCCCCAUGUUGUUGGUGUUGAGAAAUAAAGGGCGCCUUAACUGGUGGUUGUAAACA